CUGCCAGGCAAAGGCCUUGAAGAAGACAGCGCAAAAUUAACACAGUAGUCUGUUAGUAUUCCUGGCGUGGUCUCCAUAGAUUACAGGAGGGAUGCUCAUGCUCUGGAGACCUGCUUGUAGUGGCAGUGCGGGAAACCUUUUUUGCCAAAACGAGACGGGUCAAGACUGAGGGAGAACCAGAAAAGGAAAGCUGAGGAGCAGAUGCAGGAACAGAAAUGAGGAGACAAGAUCUUACUUCACAUCAAAGAGUGCAUACAGGAGGGAAACCAUAUAAAUGCUUAGAGUGUGAUAAGAGCUUCAGUUUGAGUAGCAGCCUUAAUUCGCAUCACAGGACUCACACAGGAGACAAACCUUAUAAAUGCUUGGAGUGUGGAAAGAGCUUCAUUCAGAGUAGCAGCCUUGCCUCGCAUCACAGAACUCACACAGGAGACAAACCUUAUAAAUGCUUGGAGUGUGGAAAGAGCUUCAGUGAGAGAAGAAACCUUAAUUCGCAUCACAGAACUCACACAGGAGACAAACCUUAUAAAUGCCUGGAGUGUGGAAAGAGCUUCAGUGAGAGUAGCCACCUUACUUCGCAUCACAGAACUCACACAGGGGACAAACAUUAUAAAUGCUUGGAGUGUGGAAAGAGCUUCAGUGAGAGUAGCAACCUUGCCUCGCAUCACAGAACUCACACAGGAGACAAACCUUAUAAAUGCAUGGAGUGUGGAAAGAGCUUCAGUCGGAGUAGCAGCCUUGCCUCGCAUCACAGAACUCACACAGGAGACAAACCUUAUAAAUGCUUGGAGUGUGGAAAGAGCUUCAGUCGGAGUAGCAGCCUUGCCUCGCAUCACAGAACUCACACAGGAGACAAACCUUAUAAAUGCUUGGAGUGUGGAAAGAGCUUCAGUUUGAGUAGCAGCCUUGCCUCGCAUUACAGAACUCACACAGGAGACAAACCUUAUAAAUGCUUGGAGUGUGGAAAGAGCUUCAUUCAGAGUAGCAGCCUUGCCUCGCAUCACAGAACUCACACAGGAGACAAACCUUAUAGAUGCCUGGAGUGUGGAAAGAGCUUCAGUUUGAGUAGCAGCCUUAAUUCGCAUCACAGGACUCACACAGGAGACAAACCUUAUAAAUGCUUGGAGUGUGGAAAGAGCUUCAGUGAGAGUUGCAGCCUUGCCUCGCAUCACAGAACUCACACAGGAGACAAACCUUAUAAAUGCUUGGAGUGUGGAAAGAGCUUCAGUCGGAGUAGCAACCUUGCCUCGCAUCACAGAACUCACACAGGAGACAAACCUUAUAAAUGCUUGGAGUGUGGAAAGAGCUUCAGUCAGAGUAGCAGCCUUGCCUCGCAUCACAGAACUCACACAGGAGACAAACCUUAUAAAUGCUUGGAGUGUGGAAAGAGCUUCAGUUUGAGUAGCAGCCUUGCCUCGCAUUACAGAACUCACACAGGAGACAAACCUUAUCAAUGCUUGGAGUGUGGAAAGAGCUUCAUUCAGAGUAGCAGCCUUGCCUCGCAUCACAGAACUCACACAGGAGACAAACCUUAUAUAUGCUUGGAGUGUGGAAAGAGCUUCAGUGAGAGUAGCAACCUUAAUUCGCAUCACAGAACUCACACAGGAGACAAACCUUAUAAAUGCUUGGAGUGUGGAAAGAGCUUCAGUGAGAGAAGAAACCUUAAUUCGCAUCACAGAACUCACACAGGAGACAAACCUUAUAAAUGCCUGGAGUGUGGAAAGAGCUUCAGUUUGAGUAGCAGCCUUGCCUCGCAUCACAGAACUCACACAGGAGACAAACCUUAUAAAUGCUUGGAGUGUGGAAAGAGCUUCAGUCGGAGUAGCAACCUUGCCUCGCAUCACAGAACUCACACAGGAGACAAACCUUAUAAAUGCUUGGAGUGUGGAAAGAGCUUCAGUCAGAGUAGCAGCCUUGCCUCGCAUCACAGAACUCACACAGGAGACAAACCUUAUAAAUGCUUGGAGUGUGGAAAGAGCUUCAGUGAGAGUAGCAGCCUUGCCUCGCAUUACAGAACUCACACAGGAGACAAACCUUAUAAAUGCUUGGAGUGUGGAAAGAGCUUCAUUCAGAGUAGCAGCCUUGCCUCGCAUCACAGAACUCACACAGGAGACAAACCUUAUAAAUGCUUGGAGUGUGGAAAGAGCUUCAGUGAGAGUAGCAACCUUAAUUCGCAUCACACAACUCACACAGGAGACAAACCUUAUAAAUGCUUGGAGUGUGGAAAGAGCUUCAGUGAGAGAAGAAACCUUAAUUCACAUCACAGAACUCACACAGGAGACAAACCUUAUAAAUGCCUGGAGUGUGGAAAGAGCUUCAGUUUGAGUAGCAGCCUUGCCUCGCAUCACAGAACUCACACAGGAGACAAACCUUAUAAAUGCCUGGAGUGUGGAAAGAGCUUCAGUUUGAGUAGCAGCCUUGCCUCGCAUCACAGAACUCACACAGGAGACAAACCUUAUAAAUGCUUGGAGUGUGGAAAGAGCUUCAGUUUGAGUAGCAGCCUUGCCUCGCAUCACAGAACUCACACAGGAGACAAACCUUAUAAAUGCUUGGAGUGUGGAAAGAGCUUCAGUGAGAGUAGCAACCUUAAUUCGCAUCACAGAACUCACACACGAGACAAACCUUAUAAAUGCUUGGAGUGUGGAAAGAACUUCAGUGAGAGUAGCAACCUUAAUUCGCAUCACAAAUCUCAUACAGGAGACAAACCUUAUAAAUGCCUAGAGUGUGGAAAGAGCUUCAGUGAGAGUAGCAACCUUAAUUCGCAUCACAGAACUCACACAGGAGACAAACCUUAUAAAUGCUUGGAGUGUGGAAAGAGCUUCAGUCAGAGUAGCAGCCUUGCCUCGCAUAACAGAAUUCACAUGGGACAAACCUUAUAAAUGCUUGGAGCAGUGAUUUUCAACCUUUUUGAUCUCACAGCACACUGACAAGGCGCUAAAAUUGUCAAGGCUCACCAUCAGUUUUUUAAGAUUGUGUUUAAAGUUCAAUAACUUUAGUGUUGAUUACACCAUUUUUAAAUUGGUUUUAG